AUGGAGCUGAAGAGAAGAAAGACCUUUAUAAAAUCCAGCCUGCAGCUUUCCCAUGAGAAAUCUCAGCCCCUAAUAACCACUGCCCAAACCAGAGAGGAUGCUGGAUUCUGGCCUAACUUGCUAGAUGGACAGCAAAAGUCCCACAAUGAGAAGGCCUUUCUGGCCAGCCCGCAGAUCCAAGAAUAUGAUAGAUUCUCCAAGAAGGGAGCACAAUUAGGCCCCAAGAAGAGGCCCACAGGCCUCUAUGAAACCACUUUCAAAAUGGAGCAAAAGAUCAAGACUUAUGACUGUGUUCUGGGGGCUAACACAGCAGCCACCAUCUCAGGGCCACUCAUAGGUAGUGCCAGUUUUCCUGGGCCUUCCAGCAGAUUGGUGUCUGCAAGCAACUGCAGUGGCCAGGACAUGAUUGACUAUCGCCACUUUGUGCCCCAAACGCCUUUUGUGCCUGCUGUGGCUAAGAGUAUACCCAGGAAGAGGAUUUCCCUGAAACACCCCAAGAAGUGCUUUAGAAACCUGCUCCACCUUUGCAGAAAUAAGACUGAGAGCUUGGCCUUCUUGGCAACUAAGGGUAAGGCCCUGUCCUUGCCUGAGGACUCACCAGAGGCUGAACAGAGGCUGAGAACAGCCAUCUUUCAUCUGGGAGAGAGCCCAGGACCAGAUAGCCUAUUCCAAGACCUGUCUGACGGUGAGCUCCCAUCUGAUUCUUCCUUUGACCUCUGCAGGGCACUAUGUGAAGAUGUGGCCUCACUUAAGAGCUUUGACUCUCUCACAGGCUGUGGGGAGAUCUUUGCUGAUGAGAGCUCAGUGCCAUGCUUGGAGCUGAAUGAGGGCUCUAAAAGUGCACCCCAGAAACCCCAGUCCUUCCAAAACAAGCAAUGUGCCCUGGUGGAUUUAUGGCUGGAGAUGCCCCAGGAGCCAAACACAGGCCAACCAAGACUGGAUGCAGCACAGCUGGCCCAGCUGCCUCUGUGCCCCUGUAGGAACCUUCAUAGUGACUCUAAAGUCAGCUCCACAGACAUUGGCACUCCCAAGAGUGAGCAGCCAGAAUCUGUGUCUACCAGUGAUGAGGGCUAUUAUGACUCCUUUUCUCCUGGCCUUGAGGAUGACAAGGAGGUGACCCUGAGCCUGGGCAUACCUGUGGCCACCUUCCUCCAGGAUAGCUAUAGUGGGGAUGCCCUCUAUGAGUUCUUCAACAACCCUUCUGAGGGCCUAGUCAGCCCAGCUCUGAAUGAGGGGCUGUGUGUAUCAGCGAGUGUGUCAGGGUCUGCCAUGGACACACCCGUGUCCAUAUGCAGCUUCCACGUUGGAGCUGAAGAGAACCUGGCCCCAUCACCUGCUCCUGAUAUACUUGGCCAGGGCUUCCUGCAGAGCUCAUGGAAGGGCAAGGAGUGCCUGCUGAAACUCUGUGACACAGAGCUCUCCAUCACCAUGGGCAUCGUCAACUGGCUCCGACGUUCUGGCCCUGAGUUCAGGGCUCCAUCUGCCCCAUCCUCUGGGUGCUCCUCAGUCCCACUUGGCCUCCAGGGAACUCUCAGAGGACUGGCAGAGAAGCUGAAUGGCAGCUCAGAGGAGGCAGGCCCAUGUGCAAAGAAUGUGGAGGGUAAUGGGAGGCAGCUCUCAGAUAUAGGCAGAGCUGCUGUAUGCACAGAGCCCACUGGGAAGGAACCGUGGACACCGCUGGAAACUGAAGGCCUGCCUACAAGACAAAAUAAGGCCCCAGGAAUGCAGCAGGAGUGGGGAGCCCACAGGAUGUCCAGGGCUACCUCUCUGGAGCACUUACAGGUCUCUGCAGAAGAGGACUUAUUUUCUCCCAUAGCAUCUGUGCUCACCAUGGCAGCAAACACUUCCAGCAAAAACAAGAUCUCAGACCUCCCUACCUGGACAGGAUCUGAGAAGGGACUCAGCCCCGCUAUGAACCUGGGGUAUCUACAAGGCCCCUGGACACUGGACACUCUUGAGCAAGAACCCUCCCUGAUGGACUGUGUGGCCAAAGUGGAAGCUCUCCAUUUUCAUCAGGACAGUUAG